AAAGGAAAAAUUUAAAUCGCAUCAUAUGACCCCUUUAAGGGAAGUCCUUUAUAAAACUUUUACCUAAAACUCCACCCAUGAAGACGUCAUAAGUUCUCAGGAGUUUUGGGGGUUUCUCCAGUGGGACAGCUGACGGUGAGAUCACUUGAGUGGGUAAGUGAAAAUCCAAAACGUUCCUAAGUUCAGCGUUCCGUUUACGUGUACGCCACAUUGGAAGGGAGCAAUUUCAGAUUCAGUGUUCGGUUUAAAGUGCUCCUCCCGGGUUCAGUCGAAUUCGCACCAUGGCUGCUGUGAAGGCGCUUCAACAGUGGUGCAAAAUCCAGUGUGAAGGAUACCGGGACGUGUCGAUCACCAACAUGACCACAUCUUUCCGGGACGGUCUGGGUUUCUGCGCUCUUAUUCACAAACACAGAUCGGACUUGAUAGACUUUGACUCUUUGAGCAAGGAAAAUAUCUAUGAAAACAAUAAACUGGCUUUCGAGGUGGCAGAGAAGGAGUUGGGUAUACCUGCCUUGCUGGAUGCCGAAGACAUGGUGGCUUUAAAAGUGCCUGAUCGCCUCAGCAUCCUGACCUAUGUGUCCCAGUACUACAAUUAUUUCCAUGGACGCUCUCCUAUUGGAGGUCUGGCAGGGAUUAAAAGACCAGCUGAAGAGUCUAAUGAAGCGCCAUCUGAGAAGAAGAACCAACCUGUCACAGCUAAAGUUUUUCCCUCCCCUAAACCAGCCACAGAGAACAAGACGCCUAAACCAGCAAACGAAAACAAGACAGAAGUUUUGGUGGAACGUGCCAAUAAAACAACUCUGAGCAGCAGUUGUAAUGUGUGCAACCAACAUGUUCACCUUGUGCAGCGCCACCUAGUAGAUGGGAAACUGUACCACAGGAACUGCUUUAAAUGCAAAGAGUGUUCCACUAUUCUUCUCUCUGGCACAUACAAGCCUGGAAAAGAAGCGGGAACUUUCAUCUGCAAAACACACACAAGCAUAGAGAAGCCUGUAACCGUCCCGACUACACACAUCACAGUGACUUCACCAAAGACACCGUCCACAUUUAUAAGCAAGACUGACCAGAAUGCAUUAGGAGAUACUGGAAAAGCUGGUUUAACACCCAACACAUCUAAACUAAGCUGGGUGGCCAAUAAAAGGGACCGUGCACCCACUCGUGAGUUAACUGUCACACCUACUCCAGCAGUUCGGCUCACACGAGCACCAAAAACAACUCCAGCACCAGAGGCUACAACUGUGAAGACCUCCUUUAGCCCCCGAACGCCCACGGAGUCUCUUAAACCAGUAAGCAACAGUGUACAGAAGAACCAAGAAGCCAGAAAGAGAUUCUUUGAGCCCAGCAGUAUCGUGCCUGCCAGUAAGAGCACCUCAUCAUACACCUCAACUAUAUCUGUGAGUACAGCGAAUGUUAAAACUCCUACACCAGAAAGCACAGCACCUAGAGUCACUGCAGGAGCCGCAGCUGGUAAAGGUAGAGUCCUGCUGCGGGUGGGAGACUGGACAAAAACACAGGACACAGAAAAAGAGAAGGAGAAUGAAAAGGAGAAAGCCAAAGCUGUGAUCGGCAAGAUGGUGACAGUGGAAAACAAUAACAACAACUCGUAUCUGAGUCAAGCUGGGCUGAAAGCAAACAACAGUAAUGUUUCCCCUGUGGAAUCGGGUGCUAAAGGCCACUCAGGUAAGGUGUGUCUCAAAGCACCGGAUACCAGCGUGGAACCUACUGCCCCGGCUGCUGCAGCGUCGUCCUUGAUCAAAGAUAAAACCUUAAAUAAAACCUCCAGGCCUGCGAGCACGCUGUCGUCCAACAGCAAGGAAAAUGAUACAGCUCCAUCUGAUUGGAGGUCCAUGCUCAAGCCUGUAAAAACUGUCGGUUCCACAGAAAACACUAGCUCACCCUCCAAGAAGCCAGAAGCAGCUUCCUCUCCACAGACAUCGGGUCCGGGAAUCUCCCAGACAUCUGUUCCUGCACCAUCUACCACAAACAUCUCCAUUAGCAUCAACUCACCCAAAGCUCCCUCACUUAGCCCGAUGAAAAACAGGCCUAAAUCUAGCGACUCCAGCAGUGGCAGCAUCGUAUCUCCUGUUAGUUCCUCAGAGACUGAAACUCACAAAUUGCACAAGCCGGAUUACAUUCCUAAGGAAGACAUUCAAAAAGAACUGAAGGAAAUCGAGAUGAAUAUGAACGAGUUGGAGAAAAGAGGAGUAGAGCUGGAAAAACAACUCCGACAAUGUGAUGAGGAAGGAGAAGAGGACACAUUAAUGAACGACUUAAUGGUGGACUGGUUUACCCUCAUCAGAAACAAACAGGUCUACAUGAGACGAGAAUCCGAGCUUGUGUACAUUGCCAAGACACAGGAUCUAGAGGAAGAGCAGCCCAGUGUUGAGGCCGAACUCAGGAAACUGAUGGACAAGCCAGCGCAUCUGAAGACAUCUUGGGAUCAUAAACGAGAGGAAGAGCUGAUGGCCAAACUUGUGGGGAUUGUGAACGACAGGAACGCUAUAGUGGAGGGGCUGGAUGAAGACAGACUGAGGGAGGACGAGGAGGAUGAGCAGCUGAAUAAGAUGAUGCAGAAUCUUGAUAUGAAGAAGGAAAAAGUCAAGAGAAAAUCCAUAUCCCGGUGGUUUAGUCUGAAAAGUAAACGGGCGUCCACAGAGGACUGAUCCUCAUGAAAGGGUGUGUUUGUGUUUUGUCCCAGACCGAAUGUUUAAACUGCAGUUUGAGGUCAGAUCACUAAAUCUUAAUUGCAGUUACACAGCCUUCAACAAAUGAUAUUUUUGUGAAAUCACAUCAUUAUACAUUUUCCCACUUUUUUUUUUUUCCCACAUACUUUUGCACUUUUUUUUUUAUCUGUCUCCUGUCAUUGUGGGUGUGAUUUGUGCAUUUGUUAACAAACGUUUUGCACUUGAAUCCUUUGUAUAAUGUUGACUGUAUCUCUCAGUCAGUGUUUCAUUAGGGAAUUGGACAGUUUUGAGAGAAAUGAGGUCAUACUUUAAGUCAUACUGAUUCAUAUUGGAUCAAAGUUAAAAAUGGACGGGUUAAGUUCUGACUCAAACUGAAUUCACUUUCUUACACUUGACUUUUUACAAUGUAUUUUAAAUUGAGAAUAUCACAAAUUUUUGCUGGAAACUAUCCUGUUUAAUCAUUUUAAUGGUGUUUUACCCUGGCACAUUUCUACUGUCUCAACAGCAGGGGGCAGACAGUGACUGAUUUCUGCCAUAGGACACUGUAUGCCCAAAUGAUUUUUCAACAACCUGUGAGAGAACUGAUUUAAUAGGGUCUUUUUAAGACAAUAUUUAGGAUUCAUCAUUUAAGAGCUUAUGUUGUU